UCAACAGCCAUGGGGAAGAUCACCUUCUACGAGGAACGGGGCUUCCAGGGCCGCUGCUACGAAUGCAUCAGCGACUGCCCCAACCUACAGGCCUACUUCAGCCGCUGCAACUCCAUCCGGGUGGACAGUGGCUCCUGGAUGCUCUAUGAGCGCUCCAACUACCAGGGCCACCAGUACCUCUUGCGGCGCGGCAACUACCCCGACUACCAGCAGUGGAUGGGCCUCAGCGACUCCAUCCGCUCCUGCCACAGAAUUCCUUAUACCAGCUCUCACAGGUUAAGGCUGUACGAGAGAGAUAACUACCGAGGCCUCGUGUCUGAGCUCACUGAAGACUGUUCCUGCAUCCACGAUCGCUUCCGUGUCCAUGAGAUCCACUCCCUCCACGUGCUGGAGGGCUGCUGGGUGCUCUACGAGCUGCCCAACUACCGCGGGCGCCAGUACUUGCUGAGGCCGGGGGACUAUAGGCGGUACCAGGACUGGGGCGCCAUGGAUGCCAAAGUGGGCUCUUUGAGACGCAUCAUCGAUUUGUACUAGGCUGUGCUUUUCUUGUUAUGAUCCACAUAGCAACACAAUAAAUAUACAAAUUGUGUUCC